GAAGCCCACGACAAACAGGUCGAGUGGUAGCACCGAACGCCAAAAUCGGCGCAGCUGCGAUCUGAGGCCUUUGUGCGCCUCUCCUCUUGAUUUCUGAUCGCAUCGAUACGACAUACGAUGACUUCAACGAACUAUGCUUUCUUCGUUGCAAUCGUACUUCUUCACAUUACUCGAUUCGCGAUUGCUGAUUCUAUAAAGGGAUGCGGUGGAUUUGUUGAGGCGAGUUCAGCAUUGAUAAAGUCAAGGAAGCCAGCUGAUGCAAAGUUGGAUUACUCUCAUGUUAUGGUAGAACUUCAAACAUUGGAUGGCUUAGUUAAAGAGAGGACACAAUGUGCUCCAAAUGGCUACUACUUUAUUCCGGUGUAUGACAAGGGUUCCUAUGUAAUUAAAAUCAAGGGACCUGAAGGAUGGACUUGUGCCCCGGAACAGGUUCCUGUGGUAGUUGAUGAAUCUGGUUGUAAUGCAAAUGAAGACAUAAAUUUUCAGUUUACCGGGUUCACCUUUGCUGGAAGAGUUGUGGGAGCUGCUUCCGGUGAUAGCUGUUUACAUAGAAGUGGUGGUCCAUCAAAUGUUAAAGUGGAGCUUUUGUCUCCCCAUGGAGAUGUUGUCUCUUCAGUCUCAACAACGUCAAAUGGAAGUUAUUCAUUCAAAAAUAUCAUUCCAGGGAAGUACAAGAUAAGGGCUUCACGUCAUGAUUUACAUAUCAAGGUCAAGGGUUCUGAAGAGGUGCAAUUAGAAUUUGGAAAUGGUGUGGUAGGUGACAUUUUCUUUGCAUCUGGCUACAAUAUUCGUGGCUUUGUGGUUGCCCAGGGCAACCCCAUAUUGGGAGUUCAUUUCUAUUUAAAUUCAGAUGAUGCCUUGGAGGUGAAUUGUUCCCAUGACUCUGACAAUUUGCUUGGGAUGGGGACAGCUCUUUGUCAUGCUGUAUCAGAUGCUGAUGGGAUGUUUGAGUUUACAUCAAUCCCAUGUGGGAUCUACAAGCUCAUACCUUUUUACAAGGGUGAAAAUACGAUUUUUGAUGUUUCACCUCCUUCAAUGCUGAUUUCCGUUCAGCACGAUCAUGCUGUAAUCUCUCAAAGGUUUCAGGUUACUGGAUUUUCUGUUGGCGGUCGUGCGGUUGAUGGUAGUGGAAUUGGAGUUGAUGGUGCAAAAAUUAUAGUGGACGGGCAUGAAAGAUCUAUAACUGAUAAAGAUGGUUAUUACAAACUUGAUCAGGUUACAUCCAAAAGAUAUAAUGUGGAAGCCAGGAAGGAACACUAUAAGUUUGAAAGACUUAGUGACUUCUUAGUAUUACCAAACAUGGCAUCAAUUACUGAUAUUAAAGCUAUAUCAUAUGAUGUAUGCGGUGUGGUUCAGACAAUUAGUUCUGCUUACAAAGCUAAGGUUGCCUUAACUCAUGGACCAAGGAAAGCCAAACCCCAAGUUCAACCAACUGAUGCCAGUGGCAACUUUUGCUUUGAAGUUCCACUUGGUGAAUACCGCUUAUCUGCUUUUGCCGCAACACCAGAGAGUGCUCCAGAGCUUCUGUUUUCUCCACCCUACAUUGAUGUUACCGUUAACAAACCAUUACUGGAUAUCAAUUUUUAUCAGGCUCAAGUAAGUAUUCAUGGAUCUGUGGUUUGCAAAGAUAAAUGUGGAUCUUCUGUUUCUGUUACACUUGUGAGAUUGGAUGAUAAAAGCAAAGAAGAGAGAAGGACAAUUAGUUCAAGUGAACAAAUCAGCAAAUUUUCCUUUACCAAUAUACUUCCAGGGAAAUACAAAAUUGAGGUCAAGAAUCAUUCUCCCAGAGUCUUAUCUGGAGAAGAUACGUGGUGCUGGGAACAGAACGUAAAAAAUGUGGGUGUUGGGGUGGAGGAUGUUGAAGAGGUCAAUUUUUUCCAGAAAGGUUACUUGGUUAGGGUAGUCUCUAGCCAUGAUGCAGAUGCUUAUCUAGUCCAACCGAAUGGUUUUCGGAUGAACUUAAAAUUUAAGAAAGGUUCCCAAAAUAUUUGUAUGGAGUCUCCUGGUGUGCAUGAACUCCAUAUUAUUAACUCAUGUAUUUCCUUUGAGAGCUCCACUUUGAGAGUUGAUACAUCAAACUUGUCGACUAUUAAUUUAAAGGGAGAAAGAUACCUGCUCAAAGGACAUAUAAAUGUUGAAUCAACUAUGAAUUUACCUGAGAGUAUAUCAGUCGACAUCUUGGACUUUGAAGGAACUUUUGUGGACAGUACUAUUGCCAGGCUUGUCUCUGCUGACAUUGAUCACUCAAGCCCCACUGUCUAUGAGUAUUCUUUCUGGGCUAGUUUUGGACAAAAGCUCAUCAUUAGUCCUAGGGAUUUAUGUAAUGAUGUGGGGAAGAAAAUUUUAUUUAACCCAAAGCAACAGCAUGUUUCUGUGGUGCAAGACGGUUGCCAAGCUCCAAUUGCUGCAUUUUCUGGUCGGCUGGGGUUGUACAUAAAAGGAUCUGUAUCACCCCCACUUUCACAUGUUCACAUACGAGUUCUUGCUGACAGAGACAGCCAUAUUUCUGCACUGAAACGCGGCGAUAUAGCACUUGAAACUACCACAGGGGAAGAUGGUUUAUUUGUUGCUGGACCUCUUUAUGAUGAUAUAGAUUACAUCAUAGAGGCCUCAAAGCCUGGCUAUUACGUAAAACAAGUUGGACGAUAUUCCUUCUCUUGUCAGAAGCUCGGACAGAUUUCUGUACGAAUAUACUCCAAAGAAGACAACAAUGAACUAUUUCCUUCUGUUCUGUUGUCCUUGAGUGGAGAUGAUGGGUAUAGGAACAAUUCAGUGACUGGUGUCAGUGGGACAUUUGUGUUUGGUGACUUAUUUCCUGGUAGUUUUUAUCUCCGACCUUUGAUGAAGGAAUAUGCUUUUUCUCCUCCUGCAAAGGCGAUUGACCUCAGCUCUGGCGAAUCCAAGGAAGUUGUCUUUUAUGCUUCCCGUGUUGCUUUUAGUGCUUUUGGCAAGGUAAACCUACUGUCUGGUCAGCCAAGAGAGGGCGUUUCAGUUGAAGCAAGAGCUGAAUCGAAAGGGUUUUAUGAAGAAACAAUGACAGAUUCAUUAGGAAGGUACCGUUUGCGAGGACUUAAACCUAACACUAGCUACGAAAUAAAAGUUGUGAGGAAGGGCGGGCUUGAUAUGGAACGUGCAUCUCCGGGAUCCUUGACUGUUGAGGUUGGUUAUGAAGAUCUUAAGGGGCUGGAUUUUGUGGUCUUUGAACAACCAGAUGUGACAAUUUUAAGUGGUCAUGUUGAGGGGAAAAACAUCAAAGAGCUGCAUUCUCAUAUUAAGGUCGAAAUCAGGUCUUCUAGUGAUCCAUCUAAGGUUGAAUCCAUCCUCCCCUUGUCAGUUUCUAAGUUCUUUAUGGUGAAGGACUUGCCCAAGGGUAAGCACCUCCUUCAACUAAGAUUCACUACGCCAUCUAGUACACAGAAAUUUGAAUCUGAGAUUAUUGAUGUCGACUUGGAGAGACAAUCUCAACUUCAUGUUGGACCUUUAAGCUAUAAAAUUGAAGAGGACAUAUACAAGCAGGAGUUGACUCCGGCGCCUGUGUAUCCUUUGAUUGUAGGUCUUUCAAUGAUUGCACUGUUCAUAAGCAUUCCAAGGUAUCUGAUACGGUUGUCUUGAUUGAAGGAUUUGUAUCAAGGUAUGGUAGGAAUGUCCGUGUCAGGGUCCUCUGUUGCUGCAAAGAAAGAUGGGAAGAAGCUGACUGUCAGGAAAAAGACCUAUUGAGGAGUCUGAGUAAUUCAUCAAGUCAGACAGAGCCACCACUUGGUUAUAGUGGGAUGAAAUUUCUAAUAUUGUAUCAUGUUUGAUCUCAGUGAAUGAUUUUAUACAUCCAGAUGAUAGAUCGAGUUGCUUGUCAAAAUGAUGCUUCACAGGCAGCAGGUGGUGUCUCUACACACUCUCUCAACACUAUCUAUCCCGGACGUUGUCAAUAUUGAUGUUGCAGACUCUUGCUUGUAAGAGUGCCAGUUUCUCUUUUGCAACAAUACUAGUUUUUAACAGA